AGUAUCAUCAUCAGCAUUAACAGCAGCAGCAGUAGCAGCUAGCUCAUGAAUUAUUCAUGAGGUCGAGAAGGAGGCUUUUCUAGAAGGAAGGGCAGCACCAUGUCGGACCGCGAGAGUGAUGAAGAUCAACAACAGCAGGCACAAAAUAGAGGUUCUUAUGAACGGGAACUUGCUACCAAGACUUUGAUGAUACAAUCAAAAAGGUUCUACCUGGAUGUUAAACAAAACAGAAGAGGAAGAUUUAUUAAAAUUGCUGAGGUUGGUGCUGGUGGAAAGAAGAGCCGUCUCCUUCUGGCUAUGUCAACAGCUGCAGAAUUUCGUGACAAUCUAACAGAUUUCAGUGAACAUUAUGCUUCAUUGGGGCCUCCAAAUCCUGAUAACCUACCUGAAGACGGAAAAUUAAAAACAAAAACCAUGGUUAAAGAUAACAGACGUUAUUAUCUUGAUUUAAAAGAAAAUCAACGUGGCCGAUUUUUAAGGGUGUCACAAACAAUUCCAAGAGGUGGACCUAGAACACACAUUGCUAUUCCUGCUCAAGGUAUGAUAGAAUUUAGGGAUGCCCUGACAGAUUUACUGGAUGAAUUUGGGAUUGAAGAUCAUGAUCGCAGUGAGUUACCAGAAAACAGAACGGCUCGUGUAGAAGGGAAAAUAUUUUACUUUGAUGUUGGUUCUAAUGCUCGGGGUGUAUUUUUGCGGCUAACAGAGGCUCGACCUGGUGGAUAUCGUAGAUCCAUUACCAUUCCAGAGCGUGCCUGGUCAAGAUUUCGGGACCUAAUGGCAGAAUUUGCUGACAAAAUGAAGUCCAAAGAGGGCCAAUAGUAUGUUGCAUCUGACAGAGGGAAUGUGCUUGGUGAUGAUCUCAGAAAUAGCCAAAAAUACUGUGGCCUGAACUGGUUCCAGUAGCUGGCUGGGUCGAGCUGUGACCAAACCAUGCUGCAAGUACUCACCGACGAUAUGACCAAAAAUGCAGACAUUGAAAAGAGGAAAUGAGCUAAGAACGAGAGCUGGCUGGUUUAUCUGUUCAAAUGAUCCUUUUUCCUCAUAAGUAUUAACAUUACAGACUCACAAUCACCAAAACCCCACACCUUGAUGAAACCAUUUCCUUUAAAAGCUCUUCAUUGGCAUAUAGUUUGCUUGCUCACUUUAAACAUCCGACUUCAUCACCACUUCAGUGAUGGGCGUACUAAAUGGCAUCCACAGUUGCCAUUUUAGUUUUGACUCAUUAAGCACAUUUCCUUUGUCCAUAAUUUGAUGACGAUCAUUACUGGAAAUACAAGAUCUAUGGGACUCGUUAUAUUUUGUGGAAAGUUUGUUUGAAUAUCCAGUUGGGUAGUAUGAUAUUUGGUUAUAAAAAAUAGUAAGCAUUAUGGAGACAAGGUAUUUAAGCAAAGUAGGAAGAUUUAAAGGGAUUAUGGUGAUAAGUAACUAAAUACAGUUUCCAAGUGACAAAUCUUGCAGCACUACUCUUCCGACCACUUCUACCGUUAGGUCAAUGUUAUUGUAUAUUGCCUGACUGAUAGAUUUCCUCAGUGGUUCUCAGCUGCAAUGUUUAGAAUAUGGCUGCUUAAAACCUUGCACGGUUUGUGUUUCGUGUUAAUGACUAAAAUUUGUGGUGAGUUGGUCGCACUUUGUUGAACCAGAAAUCCCUCCCUUGCAAACCUGUUAUGAUUGGAUAAGAAAAGAUUUUUAACAUUGAAAACAAAACAAAAAAAAAAAACACAAAAAAGAAAAGUUAAAAAGAAAACAAAAAACCAAAGCAAAAACGAAAAAAUAUAUAUAUUAUGUUUAAAGCAGAAUUAUAAUAAUAAUAAUAAUUUCACUUUUCACCAGAUGCUGAAUGUUACUUCACAUCACCAAGGUGGAUGUUAGGAAUAUCUUUAUGAAACAUUCAAAAUAACAAAAAAAAAAAGUUAUAAGACAUAAGGAAA